UCAUUUCCAAAGCUAUUAUAUGUUUUGAAUUUGUGCCGCCAUAUUUAUGUUGUCAUAUCGUUUAACAUUCGUAUUAACCUGCAAAUAAGUAAAAUACAUUUUCUAUGUCAAUAUCAUAUAAAUUAACUCUUUGGCCGGUAUUAGAAUUGUUGCUUAUUCUUAAGAUCGUCUUACUAUCCCUGUCUAUCUCAUAUUUCCAGUCUCUAUCUUGUAUAGGAAACAGGGACUUAAAAUUCUUAAGGCGAUCUUAAAAAUAAGUAACAACUCUGAAUACCGACCUUUGAGUACUAUUUAAAUCUCUGUUUAUACUCGUGUUGCAUGGAAAGGAAUACCGAGGAGCCACAAAAACAAUCAAAAUCUAGAAAGUCUGGCAAGAAAAUUAUGGGUAAACAAGAUAAAAAAAGCAGUCAAUGCUUAGUUCCAGACACAGAACAUAUUUGUGGUAGUAUUAACAAAAAUGGAAAUCAAAAGUUAGAAAGAAAACAUCUUUCUACAUCAAAUAUGGAUAACGUAGCACCAGUUAUAGAAGAGAAAGUAGUUAAUAAAGCAAUGGACUGUGAAAUGGUUGGUAUAGGAGAUGGAAGUGAAAAUAUGAUAGCCAGGGUAUCUAUUGUAAACAAAUAUGGUGGUUGUGUUUAUGAUAAAUAUGUGAAGCCAAGAGAACCUGUUAAAGAUUAUAGGACUAAAGUUAGUGGUAUAAGACCACAUAAUUUACAGAAUGGAGAAAAAUUUGAGGUUGUUCAAAGAGAAGUAGCAGAAAUCUUAAGGGACCGUAUUUUAAUUGGACAUGCAUUAAAACAUGAUCUUGACGUAUUGUAUCUCUCUCACCCAAGACGAAAUUUACGUGACACAUCUAGAUUUAAGAGAUUUACACAAUUAUCAAAAGGAAAUACGCCUAGUUUGAAGAAACUUAGCCAGGAAUUACUAGGUAAAGUGAUACAAACAGGAGAACACAGCUCUGUUGAAGAUGCAAGAGCUGCAAUGGAAUUGUACAUGCUCUUUAGAAAUAUAUGGGAAUCAGAAUUCCAUUCUAAACGAUAAUUUAGAUUACGUGUAAUGAAUAAUUCGUUUUAUUUGAACUCUG